AGGUUACUCUUAUUUUUUUCUCAGUAUCCUGAUUUUCUAUUCUUGUAUAAGAAUACACCUACUAAGAUUCAAUCCUCAGUGAGAUGCUCUAUGGCUAGUUAAUGUUUUGAGUUUCUUAUGUUCAGAGCUACAUUUUUGAAGAAUUGAACCCCCCCCCUCUGAAAGUGAGACGUGACAAAUGGUGGAGAUCGCCGGUUAGUAGGUAUAAAGAAUGUUGGGAUACUGAAAAAUAAAUUAAGAUAGGAGUGUUAGGUGUGGUCUAACAUUUUGAUUUAUUUUAGUGAAGAAGAAGAGCAUGCAGUGCAGCUGGUGUAUUAAGAUUGAUGUGUUUAUAGGAUUAAUUGUGUAAUGAUAAUAAAAUUUAUUUUAGGUUAUUUCAGGAAACCAGUGGGAGACCAGGGAUGGCUGUAUUUGUCUAACAAUAAUUAAUUUAAGGUGAAAUGUGAAAUGUAUGCUUAAGUUAAGGACUAAUGAAAAUAAUUUAAGGUGGAGUCUAUUAGGGAUGGCUAGUAAAUACACAAUUGAAAUAUUGGAUGACAAAGUAAAAAACCCUGAGAACAGUGAUAGUAGUUCUUCGUCAGAUGAUGAAUCAUUGAAAGUGUUAAAAGAUAAAUUAAGCGACAUAAAACCAGAAUUGAAAGAUCAGAAUUUAAACAUGGAGACAGGCAGGUGUUUUGUGGACCCGGGAUAUUUUUUUGGAAAGAGAUGUGAGGAGGUUGAGGAAUUUUUAAAACAGUUUCGCAGAGCAGCCAAGGUAAAUGGGUGGAAUGAGCAAAAAUGUUUGUCAUACUUGCCUACAUUUUUGAGAGGGCCUGCUUUAAAAUGGUAUGACAGCUGUGAGAGCACAUUGGAGAAUUUAACUACAUUUGAGGAAUUAGCAAAUAAAUUAAGGGAUGCGUUUGUGAGAGUGGGUCACAUAGAGGACUUAGAGUUAAGAUUGCAGGCGCGAGUACAAGCAGUAGAUGAACCUUUCGAGUCAUUUGUGUACGACAUAUUGAAUCUUUGUAACCGACUUGAUGCUAAGAUGAAUGAAGCUAGUAAGGUUAGAUAUGUAUUGCGUGGGUUAAGGCCAGACAUUGUAGAGAAAGUUAUGCUUUUCCCAAACAAUACUGUGGAACAGUUACUAGGUAAUUUGAGGAAUAUUGAGGCAGGUCUGUAUUACGCUAAAAAUCAUGAGAGGACACAGUGGGUAAAUUCGAAACAGGAACAAGUACCUAUCAGAAAUCUUAAAGAAAUUCAAACACCAGAAAGAGAAUUGUCAUCUAUCAACACGAGAAUUGAGGACAGUUUGAUAGAGUUUAAUAAACAAUUAAAACAAUUACGCGGGGAACUGGAUACCAUGAGAUUACAGGCACAACCAAAGUCACAGUUUAGAACUCAGGGAGGAAAUUACAAAAAUAACAGUACACUAACACAAUACCAUCGAAAUCAGAACAACAAUUUUUUCAGGCAGACCCCAAGUAAUUCAUUUCCAAAAAUAACUGACAGACCACAGUGGACCUCAGAUGGUAGGCCGAUUUGUUUAAAAUGCAAACGACCAGGUCACUUGAUACGAGAUUGCAAAACGUCACAACAGGGAAACUAAAUAGGGCGAGAGUCGGUCGGGGUGACAACUCGUCCCUUGUUAACCAAAUGUCUCUUUUACAAAAUGACGGUAUUUUAAGUCAGAAGACAAAAAUGUUCGGAAAAGAAAUCCCCGUUUUUAUCGAUACAGGAGCUGCGGUAUCACUAAUUGAGGAUAGAUUAGUACCGAAAAGUUGUUGGAAAUCCGCAGAACCAAGAGGUUUUACAGGAGUCUCAGGAAGAGUUCAGAAACUUAAUAAGAUGGCCAAAUUAAGAUUUAAAUUAGGACAUUGAUAGUUUUCGUCAAUCGAAGAGAAUGACUUUUGAGGCGGACUUGUUAAGGGCAAUUUCGAAAGGAGUGCUGUGGUGCAGCUCCAUCCAGAACUCUUGUCCCUUCUCGAGUUGAGAGAAGGCGCGUCGUUAAGGGUCAGCCAGAUACCACGUGGGCCAGUUGGGAGAAGAGGACCUGCUUCUACCCAUUGCUGCGGGCUGGUGCCCGUAUCGUCGAAUCGUGUGGUGAUGCACGAUUACCAGGAGUAUCAGCGGUUUGGGAGUGGCCAUGUCCAAGGACAGUGAUUACGCAUCGCGAUAGGGUGUGGCCCCCCAAACAACAAAUUUAUCGAGAAGACUAGAAUUAUCCAUCGUUUGAAACUACUGACCUGACGUUCAAAACAAAGUGUAUAGCAAGACAAGGCCAGUGUAGUUAUAAACUUUCAACCUACACGUGGACACAGUCAAGUUUUUGUUGUAAAUUUUCCUAUUAGGUACCUUACCUUAUCCUUCCUCUACGAAAUGUGGGGGGUAGGCUUUUCUUCAAGAUGUUGAAUAUUGCAGAUGAGUUACGAGUUUAGUUUUUGAAUAGUUACUUGUUUUAAGAAUCUUUAAAAGUUAUUUUUGUGUUGAUACCUGGUAUGACCCUCCUUGGUUAGUUGUGUUGAUCUAUGUUGAUCUCAUGAAUACUUCUUGAUAAACACAUGAAAAUACGUCAUUAACUUAUGUAAGAUAAUUUAAUUGUUUGAUUUGUUCACUAUUAUUUUGAUGUUUGAGAGUUUUUUUUUUAGUUGUUUGUAAUUGUAUGACUCCUGAUGCUGCUCAUGUAUUUUGUGUAGGAAUGGUGUCGUGUACCGUGGAUGACGAGCAGUUGGGAUGAACGACGUCGGGAUGGACCGGCUGGGAGAGGCAGAAGUUGGAGUGGGGUGUGAUUCUGCAGCUCACAGUUCCGCUGGCUGUUCCUGUCUCUGCCCUGAGUUGGUGCAUCUCUUCGCCGUAUCCCUCCUGGCUGCUUGCUGUCCCAAGCAGUGCUAACAUGUGAAAUUUUGUAAAACACACUUGUCCUCCGAGAGGAAAUUGUCAAUAAGUGCUAGUAGAACUUAGAGUUGGUAUUUAUACCUAAACAACCACCACUGUAAUCACUAAUUUAAAUUUGUAACUGGAUCACAUAGAAAUGAUAGGGACAAUUGGUUUUUUUUUUUGAAGCAAACUUAAAUAUUCCCCAAGCAUUGUUGUAAGCUUGUGGGGCACAAGCUCCUGCCGCCCGGGGUGAUGUCGCGUAGCUCAAAAUUAUCAUUAAUUUAUUUAAUUAGUUUAUUUGUUGAAAAUACAAUUUUAAAUUCUUUUCGCUAGUUCGGGACUUGGUUUCCCUCACGCUAAGAUGGGGUAACACCUUUGUUGGAUUUGGGUUUUCGGGGGGGCUGGAAGAGUGCGAGUCUUGCACGUCUUUGUCUGGGAACGCAGGCGUGACCGCGUUUCAGCCAGGCCAGCUGACACGUUGUUUGCUGCAGUUCCAGAGAAACGCGGCGCAGACUUGUUUGUCGUUUUUUUUUGAGGCCAGCUGAGAGCGCAGAUUGUGCGCAGUCGCCGUGCGCAGGCGAGUGUCGCAAUCUAGCGGCCGGUUUUCUGACUACGUGGGCAACCUGGCGCGGCCGACCGCGCGGCCGGCUUGUUGUAAUAACUUUACGUGUUUGUAAAACACAGGAAAACUUCCCGUCAGGAUGUUUUCCCCGUAGGGGUUUUGCGGCCAAGAAAAUAGCUUAAAAGAGAUGUAAAAUGUUUUCGCGGGGCGGUAAUCCUGUGGAAGGCUGUCAUGCUGCCCGGCCGCGCGGCGACUUGGUAAUGGUUAGGAAUGGUGUCGUGUACCGUGGAUGACGAGCAGUUGGGAUGAACGACGUCGGGAUGGACCGGCUGGGAGAGGCAGAAGUUGGAGUGGGGUGUGAUUCUGCAGCUCACAGUUCCGCUGGCUGUUCCUGUCUCUGCCCUGAGUUGGUGCAUCUCUUCGCCGUAUCCCUCCUGGCUGCUUGCUGUCCCAAGCAGUGCUAACAUGUGAAAUUUUGUAAAACACACUUGUCCUCCGAGAGGAAAUUGUCAAUAAGUGCUAGUAGAACUUAGAGUUGGUAUUUAUACCUAAACAACCACCACUGUAAUCACUAAUUUAAAUUUGUAACUGGAUCACAUAGAAAUGAUAGGGACAAUUGGUUUUUUUUUUUGAAGCAAACUUAAAUAUUCCCCAAGCAUUGUUGUAAGCUUGUGGGGCACAAGCUCCUGCCGCCCGGGGUGAUGUCGCGUAGCUCAAAAUUAUCAUUAAUUUAUUUAAUUAGUUUAUUUGUUGAAAAUACAAUUUUAAAUUCUUUUCGCUAGUUCGGGACUUGGUUUCCCUCACGCUAAGAUGGGGUAACACCUUUGUUGGAUUUGGGUUUUCGGGGGGGCUGGAAGAGUGCGAGUCUUGCACGUCUUUGUCUGGGAACGCAGGCGUGACCGCGUUUCAGCCAGGCCAGCUGACACGUUGUUUGCUGCAGUUCCAGAGAAACGCGGCGCAGACUUGUUUGUCGUUUUUUUUUGAGGCCAGCUGAGAGCGCAGAUUGUGCGCAGUCGCCGUGCGCAGGCGAGUGUCGCAAUCUAGCGGCCGGUUUUCUGACUACGUGGGCAACCUGGCGCGGCCGACCGCGCGGCCGGCUUGUUGUAAUAACUUUACGUGUUUGUAAAACACAGGAAAACUUCCCGUCAGGAUGUUUUCCCCGUAGGGGUUUUGCGGCCAAGAAAAUAGCUUAAAAGAGAUGUAAAAUGUUUUCGCGGGGCGGUAAUCCUGUGGAAGGCUGUCAUGCUGCCCGGCCGCGCGGCGACUUGGUAAUGGUUAGGUGAGUGCUAUCGGAAAUGGCGCCUGAGUGAUGCCGGACUCUUAGCCUUCAGUGUUUCUUCGUAGUUAACUUUAAAAAUUCUCGUUUGGUGUAUUAUUUGCUCUUAUAAAUAAUUUGUUCUUAGAAACUUAGUGGUUUUAACGUGUAAUACGUUGAGCACUACCGUUCCCUUUUUAUUUUCAAGUAUAACUCGGUAAUUUGUUUGCAUCACGAUCCUUGUCUUUUCAUGUAAAUGAUGACGUUAUAAACUUAAACUAAAUAAUUUCUAAAAUCCGUUUCAAGGUAGUGGAUGUUCUUAAUAAAUUUUAAAAAUGAAGUUGUGGAAGAGCUAAUGAAGCUUGGUAUCACUGGGUGGCCUGGAGGAAAUUAUUACGAUUAUGUUAAUGUGUUAGUACUACUAAGAAAAUCUUAUAUAUGGUUUAUUGUUUUUCUGUCGAAAUAUCUAUAAGGCUGGUAGCGGACAUGGAAGGUGCCUCAUUAUUUGUCAGCUUUAUUUAAUUGUUAUAAAUAAAUGUGAUUGUUCUAUUGUU